ACCCAUUAUUUCCAUUGCCUUCUUACUUUCGUUCAUUAUUCUGAGCUUUUUCAGUUGUUAGUCAAAACUCAAAACUCAACGAAACAAACAAAAAAGUAGGAAGGAAAAAAAAACAGAGACACACACUCUUCUCUCCGUCUCCGAAACCAAAACGCAGAGUUCCCAAAAUUCCCAAACAGCAAUGCCGAUUUUGCGCAAACCCUAACUCCAUAGCCUUCAUUUUCUCCGACCAAUUCUCCUUCGUCAUCGCCAUGAACGUCGACCGCUACCUAAAGGAGCUCUCCGGCUCUUCCCAGCGAAUCCCGACGGAGCAGAGCUUCCACCAUUUCUACCUCAACUUCGACGAAUUCAAGCGCCCGAUCGACGAAAUCGCACGUCGCUCGCAGUCGAUGCUGGAGAGCAUCGGCGUCACCACGCAUGCAUGGAACACCGGCGUGGAUUUCCCGUCCGACAUCGACGAUGCUUACGAGUGGGUGGUUGACAUGAACGAUGAGCUCUUGGAAUGGUUUGACGAGUCAGUGAGCGAGGUUCGGAAGGCGAGGGAGGAGGACGAGGAGUUCGAGGAGGUGGAGCUGGAGAACGGGUUCGGGUUGGUUCGAGUCAAGAAGGAGGGAGCUGGUGUUGGGAAGAAGAAGGUGGAAGCAGCGGGGACUACGGAAACGACGAAGCCGAAGGUGUCGUUUCACUUAGCCACGGUUAGGAAGCCUCAGGACGUGUACGACAUUGUCGUUAACAACACCAACGUGCCGUUUGAGCAUAUUUGGUUGGAGAAGAGUGAGGAUGAUCAGAGGUUCAUUCAUCCUUUGGAGAAACACUCUUAUUUGGAGUUUGUUGAUAAAAAUCUUGAGGGUUUAAUGCCAAUGAAGCCUCCUGCAAUGGAAUGCACUCCUUUCAAGCUAGUGGAGGACGUCAAAGGAUUGAAGGAAUUGGCUGCGAAGCUGCGUGCUGCUGAUGAAUUUGCGGUGGAUUUGGAACAUAAUCAAUAUCGUUCAUUCCAAGGUUUGACUUGCUUGAUGCAAAUCUCAACCAGGACUGAGGAUUUUAUUGUAGAUACUUUAAAGCUCCGUGUCCAUGUUGGGCCUUAUCUGCGUGAAGUCUUUAAGGACCCUACAAAGAAGAAGGUCUUGCAUGGAGCAGAUCGAGAUAUUGUGUGGUUGCAACGGGAUUUUGGAAUAUAUGUUUGUAAUAUGUUUGACACGGGCCAGGCUUCUAGGGUGUUAAAAUUGGAGAGAUUUAGUUUGCAAUAUCUUUUACUACACUUGUGUGGGGUUACUGCAAACAAAGAAUACCAGAAUGCAGAUUGGAGACAACGCCCUCUUCCUGAUGUUAUGAUAAGAUAUGGCAGAGAAGAUACACACUAUCUGCUGUAUAUAUAUGACCAACUGAGAAUCAAGUUAUUUGCUUUGUCCAAGGAAUCUGAAAGUUCUGAAAAUCCUCUGGUGGAGGUUUACAAGCGUAGUUAUGAUGUCUGCAUGCAACUAUAUGAGAAAGAGCUUCUAACAGAAGACUCGUACCUUCAUAUAUAUGGGUUGCUGGGGGCUGGUUUUAAUGCUCAGCAGCUUGCUGUUGUUUCAGGGCUUAAUGAAUGGCGGGACAUUUUGGCUCGUUCAGAAGAUGAGAGUACUGGCUUUAUUUUACCAAAUAAAGUACUUCUUGAAAUAGCAAAGCAGAUGCCUGUUACUAUAAGCGGUCUUCGGCGAUUGACAUCAUCAAAGCUCCCAUAUGUUGAUCACAAUCUUGAUGUCAUUGUCAACAUUGUCAGACAUGCCAUUCAAAAUGCUGCUCCUUUUGAAGAAGCGGCACUACGCUUGAAAGAAACAUAUGCUGCAAAAAUGAAGGAAGCAAGAUUGAAAGCAGCACAAGAAGCAAGUGUCGUAGAUACUGCUCCUGUUGAAGAUGGAGUAGAAGCUUCUCAUCUGCUAGAUUUUGAACAUACACCCGAAGAAGAAAGUACUGUCAUUGAUAAUUCAACCUGUGUUAAUAUCUCAGAGACCCUUCCAUUUUCUUAUGAUCUGAAGGAGGAUUGCUCUCAGCAUGAAGAUAUGAAUGGACAAGUAAAAAUUAAAUCCAGUUGUCUAACUUUAGAGCUUCCACAGGUAGUAGGAGGGCCUAUUGAUGCUAUUGCUGAUGCUUUGUCAGGCGAUUCAGCUUCAAGAAAUAGGCUUAAUCCUAAUGAGAAGGUCAAGGAAGAGAUCAAGCUAGAUCGCAUUAGGAUGUCAGUCAAGCUGGAGCCAGUUUCCGCUGCUGUGUCGGCUGAUACAGUGAUGAUAGACUCCAGUAUAGAUUCCGGCUGUAUGACUCAGAACAACCUAUUAGGCUCUGAAUGAGUAGCGUAAGGAAAAUUUCAAUACAUCCUCUUUUGGAAAUGGGGUUUAAGAUGAGUCAACAUCUCUCUCAGAACACUCGUGAAGGUGGUAAAAAAAGCUUCAGUCAAUUAUUCAAAUUAACAAAACUAGAAGGAUCGAGGUAACCUCAGACUUAAGUGCUGAAUUCAUCAAAUUGUAAAAUGGCAAGGAAACAAGUUGAUUUUGGAGGAGAUAGUUAGGAUUCAUCAUCUUGUGGAGCUACUGGAUUCAGGAUAGCACGAAGUCGGGUUCGACCUCAAAAUUUGGUGUUGCAGAAAGUUUGCAGGUAGCUGGCUUUCCAGCUUUUGGGAAUUUAUAUAACGCAACUGAUAAGAGUGGAAAAAAAUAGGUUCUUCUAUGUACAAAAAUUAAUGAGAAUCCAGAUGUUGACUUCAUUGUCUCA